AUGGCUAGUUAUAACAUAACAUUGAUCAUGGGUUUGUGCGGGUUUCUGUUGUUGAAUGCGCGGGUCGCUUGGGCCAAAGUUGAGGAGGAGGUGGAGGAAUUGGUCGGAGAAUCUCUAACCUCAAGUCAUUUUCAGUCCGGUUCCGGUGAGAUGGUCUGUCCACACUCUCAAGGUAAGCUUUUUCUUUGUUAUUGCUUUUUUGGUCUUUAGGGGACGGAAAAUGUGUCUGAGAUGGCAAAAUUGAAGAAACUCGAUAUUGUACUAGGCUGAAGCUAUUUUCAAAUUAACAAUUAUCAGUUCUAAUUAUGCUAGGAUAAUUUGUUGAGCUUCUACAUUUAUUCGUUUUCAUGAUUUUGUCCAAAUUGCUCUGAUUUUAUGCAAAACAAUUGAUCUUGUGUAAAUUCCUCGGUGAGCGGUCGGUUUAUGGACGCUGGCUUCUUUUUCAGUGCAGUAGAACAUUCAGAGAUUCUUAGACAUACCCAUAGCACUGUUCAUAAAGAUAUUCCUGGUAAAUUCUCUUUUUUGUUCAAAAUUAUAUUGGACUAUGUCAGAUUUGGAUUGUCGAAAAGAAAUGAUAGUAAAAUGUGUUGAGUUCAGGGGUUUUUAGAUUCCUGAGUUAGAUGUAGAAUUUUUGCUUGUUUUUAGAGCGGGAAAUGGCGACUAUUUCUUGCGUUUUUGCCGAGUUUCAUUUAAAUCUUAGCAGUACAUGGAUAACAUAAUUUUUCGUGCGGAAAACCAAAAUUCUCAACAUUCUCGACAUUUUUAUUCUUCCAUUUUUAUCGCUGAGUGAGGUGGUCAGCUACCGAGAUGGACGAGAUGCACAGAACGUUCAUUUAUCAAGUUGCAAAAGAGACUGAUGUUGCUCGACAUUCUUCAUCUAGUAUAAUAUCGAGUUUUUUUGUUUUUGAAUACUGGGAACACCACUGGGUUCUUUACGAAACUUUUUCAUUGAAUGUUGAGCUGUUUUGAGCAUGAAGUUUGAUUAAUUUUUCAUUCUUGCAGCUUCGUCUAACUGCCAUGCGAAACUCGUAGCAAUUGGCGCAGGUCUUUUGGCUGGUGGCGCUGUCGUCGGCUACUUUGUUGGUACGUAUCUAACGGCGAGGAAAGCCCGCUGUAACGGGAAAAUCAAGCUCGACACGGACAAGGUUGUGGAUUCCACGGAUAUUGAAGACAUUGGAGAGAAGAAGGCCUUCUGUAGAUGUUGGAAAAGCGAGAAAGUAAGUAAAAUAUCGCUUGGGCUGUAGUAGAACAUGUCUAGUUUAUUUGCGUCAAAUUUGGUGAGGAUUGAUUGAGAUUAACACAACUUUUUUUCAGUUCCCGUAUUGCGAUGGCUCCCAUAACAAGCACAACAAAGACACUGGUGAUAACGUUGGUCCGCUGAUUGUCUCCGGCAAGAAAGAAGCUUCUUAG